AAAGAUGUAAGAAAGUAACCAAAGAAAGAGAGUUAUGAAGUGAAGGGAAGGAAUGAGUCAUGUACGUAUUUAUCGCAAGAAAGGUGAAGGGUAAAGAGAAGAAAAUAACAACAGGAAAGUUAGAAUAUGAAAGUAGUUAAGCUGUGAGGAAAAAGAAAGCGAUCUAGUGAAGUGAAAGUGGACGUCAUAGAUUAAAUAGAAAAGUAUAUGUAAGUAAUGUAAAGAAAGGAAAAUGAAGAAAGAAAAGCCAAUUAAUAAGUAUAUAAGGCUAAAUAUAAAGAAGAAAAAAAUAUAUAGAAGUGUGAGAAAUGAGUUAAAUUAAAAUAAAAGUAAGAAAGUGUUGAAUAGGUGAUGGAAAAAAGUGGAGUUCGUAUGUGUGUAUGGGUCGAGGAAAGGAAUGAUGGAGGGAAUGAGGGAUGGGGUUGAGGAGGAAAGCACCUACUCCCACCCACCCCCUUCUUCCCCUCUCACACAUCCUCCUCCUUCCCCUCCCCCUGUCACUGCCACCGCCAUCAACACCACCUCCACAACCACCACCAGUCAUUACCACGGGUCAGCGAAAGAUCAAAAUGUCUCUUGGACAGCUUACUGCCAACUAUACUGAUUCUGAGGGUGAAGAUAAUGAUAGGCUCAGUGACGAUACUUCUCACAAAUCCACACCUGUUGGUGGCACCCGAGUGACAGAGCUGCGCGAUGAAGGAAGUCGACGUGGAACACCUUUCAGUGGCGAAUCUGUAGGCUCAGGAACACCACAGAAGAAGCUCAACAGAUUGGUGUCUUAUGCAAAUGAAGAUGAAGAAGAUGGAGAUGAUUUGGACAGAGAAAGUGAUGAGCAUGAACCUGAUGAAAGGCCACGUUUCACUUGCAUAUGUGAGGUGCUUAACUCGGAGCCAAUGGACACAGGAACUGAUGAAGGAGAUGAUGAUAAAGUUAAAGUAAAUAAUUAUGGAGUAAAGUUACCACCAACACCAGCAGGAAAGUGCCCACCACGCUUACAGGAAAAGGUGAUUCGCUUUCUAAAUGAAGUUCGACGAGGAAACAAAGACUAUAACGUUAUGAUCCAAAACAACAAAGAAUUCCGGAAUCCUGGAAUUUAUGAGAAGUUGAUAGAUCUGUUGCAGCUGGAUGAAAUGGGCAGCAACUAUCCAUUGGAUAUGUUUGAUCCUCAUUGCUGGGGUAAAGAAUCUUACUAUGAUGAGCUUGCUAGAGUACAAAAAGAAGAAAUGGACAAGAGAGAAAAGGAACGAAAAGACAAAACUAAGGUUGACAUCAUAUCUGGGACCAAGAAACCAGCGGAAGAAGAAUCAGCUGCUAAGAAACGCAAAUCUAGAUUUGACCAGGGAGGCCCAGCCACAAGUGUCAUGAAACCCUUGGUAGCCCCUCCCACUCUCACAUCAGUGCCAUCAGGAACUAAAACAACUAUUGAUGCAUUUGGAAGCCUUAAAAAGACAAAGUAGAUUGAGAUUCUUUAUGUAGUCAGAGAAAUGUGUUGCCACAGCUUCUGUCAUAUUUGUUUCUUUCAUAAUUUUCUAUGAAUAUGAUAAGUCCUUGCUGGAUAAUCCUUUUGUCACCAAGGGUCUUCAGGCAGUAAGGGAGUAACCACAUUCAGUGUCCUUUAGAGGACUAAAUGGUAAAUUAAGUUCAGGUUACUAUGUAUACCAGUUGAAAACAUAGACUUGUGAAGUCAACUAUGUGUCUGGAAAGAAAUCAUACUGAUGUAUGUUUUUUUCUUUUACAAGCUUAUACAAAGUAUUUCCCGUAAUUAAACUAUAUAUUAUA